AUGAGGGUCUGCGUCUGGCGCCGGAUCGAGCAAGCCUGUCUGCGAUGCGCUAGAGUCUGCCGAGGGCCUCGAUGUAAGUCGGAGCUCGCGGCGGGUGUGGCCCGGUGUAACGCUCCAGGCUGGCAACAGAGCAGAGAAUAG